AUGGCCAGCGGCUUGCAGACGCAGCAAGCCUUCCGCAAGGUGGAGCUUUUGGGCUGGCUGAUGCACCUGCGGUACCUCAGCGACAUCUGCAGCAACCCUUUGCUGCAGUCCAUGCUGCUCUCCAAUCUCAGUUCGCGGGUCAGGCCUGACAAAGUCACCAUUCGCAGCUUGGCGCGAGAUGUCUGCAUGGAGGUGAAAAUGAACCUUCCGCCUCUGCCGCGGCUACUCAGCGCCUUGAGGGCGGCCCACCUGGGCCAGGGCGAGCCUUUGGACCUGGCGCUUUGCUUCGUGGCGCUGGGGCGGGCGCUGAAGAUCCGCACGCGGCUGGUGCGGUGCCUGCAGGUGGCCAGGACCUCCGGGGUGGAGCUGGGCAAGAGAAGCCGAGGGAUCUGGGAGCAGCUCACCGCAGGCGGCGUCGGUGAGGAGAACGCGCUCUUCGCUGCGCUGGAGAUGGAGGCUACGGAGGGAGUGGACAGCACCAUCCUUGCUUACGCAGGCCUUCGCUCGGAGCCGAGAGACCAAGUGCUCUGCACCUGGGCGGAGUGCUUCGAGGAGUCCUCCAAUACGUGGAUCGCCGUGGACCCAGUUGGCCCCGUGGUGGCGGUGGCGCCGCUUGGCCUUUGGCUCCACCCGCAGACCCCCUGGAUCUGCGCGGGCGACGACGCCUUGCAGGCGGACUACUGCGAGCUAGCCGACGUGACUGAUCGCUAUCACAGGCCCGAAGACAUCCGGAAGACUCGGGCGCCUCACUGGGAGCAGCUGGCCCCCUGGUGGACCAGAGCAGUGCAGCAGCUUUCCGGCCACCUCGCCAGCCUCCAGAAGACGCCUGAAGCGGUUCAGGAUGUCCCGGUCCCGAUGUGCCAGGAUGUCGCCGUCCCAACGGGCCAGGCGAGGCUGAACCGGGCCCAGGUCAAGAAAGUCCAGAAGCGACAGGGCGCCACCAGCCUUCCCAGCCUCGAGCCCUUCAAAGAGCGCGCGAUGCAGCUGCAGGAGCACCUCCAAAGCCACGGGGUGCUCCCCUGGCACAAGGGCGCCACGCCCCAGGAGCGCCGACUUGGGCGGUGGGUGCAGAGCGUGAAGCACCUGCGCAAAGCAGGCAGGCUCAAGCCGGAGGACCAGCAGCGGCUCUCCACUUGGUGCCCCUUGUGGGCUGAGGUGGAGGCACCCCGGAAGCCGGAGGUGGCGGAGGUGGCCGAGCCCAGCGCGCCAUGCGCAGGGUCGCAGAUGGCCUGGGUGAAGGCCAGCCUGGCGCUGGCGCGGUGCCGCAGCUCCGAGCAGCGCCGCCAGACCCUGCGCAGGCUGCAGCUGGACUUUCAUCCAGACAAGAACAUGGAUCGGCCCGAGGUCCGGCCAAUGUUCGACUUCAUCCAGGACAUGUGGGAGAAGGAGUUUCGCCGUGGCGAGGCGACCUCGGCGGUCGAAUGCUCUGGGAAAAGCCGCGGAGAUGGGCACGAGGUCGACGCAAAGGCCAAUGCGUCGGCCUUGAGCAAUGCGAUGAGCAAGCCAUGUUUCCGUGCCGCUGCAGAGCUGCACAACCGCUGCGCGCAGCCAGAGUGCGCCGGCGUCGCGGUUUGGCCAUGGGGCGCUGCAGAGAAAUCGGAGUGCCAUGCGGGCAAUGGCUUCUGGAUGUGGGAGCCCACUUGUUGCGGCAAGGAGUUGGGACUCCGGGAGCUGCAGUGCGUAGAGGAGCCCAGGUGUGAGGCUGCGCCCAAAGAGGCCGGGCUGCUGGUGGCAGUGACCAUCCCCGUGGUCAUCGCAGGUGUGCUGCUUCUGCUUCGCUGCUGCUGCCGCCAGCGAGCGCCAGCUUUCGGCACUGACGUGCGCAGUCUGGAGGCAGGCACGGAGAUGAGCGUGGCAGAUCGGGUGGAGGCCUGGAACAAGCGGAGCAGCGAUCAGGCGCUAGGUGCUCCCCCUGCGCACUGGGGUGGAGGCGCCGCGCCCCUGCUGCGGCCAAAGCCCAAGCCGCAAGAGCCGCCGGAGGACACCUUGGCGCCGCUGCCCUCCAAGGCGCGGAAAUCCUCCUCCAGGGUGACGUUCCGUACACAGGACUCGGUGAUGGAGUUCUCCGAAUCCCAGGCCGCGAGCUCGCAGGGCGUGCCAAAGCCGGGGCCAAAGCCGGGGCCAAAGCCGGUCUCGGUCCCGGUCCAGGCGCAGCACCGGCCCUUGCCGGAGCCGAAGCCGAAGCCAGAAACGAAGGCCGCGCCGCCAAAGGCUCCGGUUCCGGCGCCUUCGCCUCCCCCGGUGAAGGUGCCCGAGCCGGUGAAGGAGCCAGCGCAGGCACAGGCGGGCUGGACAGGGAACGAAAAGGAGGUUUCAGCCUCCAGGCUUCUGUUCCAGCACCGGCACCGGAGUUCGGAUCCGGAGCCGCUGGCUCUCGCGACGCUUGGGCCAAGGCCCCCAGAUGUUCAGACAAGGUACACGGUGAAUACCUUCGGGGCGAUAUGGUUCUCCGUGGGCAUGAACACCUUGACCCUCCUGGUGGCCAUCUGCCUGUUGAGCCUGGCCUUGCGCAGCGUCCGUUUCCGGCGGCAGCUGGCGCCCAGGUUGCCCCAGGAACAAGCAGACGCUUUGCCCUUUCCCUUCGGCUGGAUGCAGCUAGCUGCGUCCCAUCGGAGCCUGCGAGAUGAGAUAGGCUUGGACGCGCUGGUGGUGGUCCGAUUUCUGGACCUCGGCUUCAAGUUCAGCCUCUUCGGAAGCCUCCUGUGCAUCGUGCUGUUGCCGAUGUACUCUUGGACGCAAAGAGAGGAGACCUUGAACAAGUUCACCCGCUUCAGCCUCUCCAACAUCGAUGGCCACCAUCCAGGGGAUCACAUCAAGUUCCAGAUCGUGGUGGUUUGCGCCUAUUUCCUCAACGCCGCCUUCGUGCAUCUGAUGAUCUCGGAGUGGCAGAGCUUCAUGAACCUCCGGCGCAAGCAGUUCAGGCAAACAGUACUCGGCUCCCAUGGGCCUGGCGCCGCCCAAGCCAUUCGCUCCAUCCUGGUAGAGAAUGUGCCGCGGGAGCUGCGUUCUGCCGAGAUACUGCACCGCUACUUCGCUCGUUUGUUCGGAGAAGGUGCCUUGCACUCCACGGUGGUCCAAAGUGACACCCGAGCGCUGCACCGCAUCGAGGGCUGUUGCCGCUGCUGUUGCUGGAAAGCAUCUGAAAGGCUUUCGGAGAUGCGCGAAAGGAUCCGGCCGGACGUCGCCCGAGGCAUUCAGCUUCAGGAGAUGUCGCAGAGUGGGCGCAACCGGCGCACCACGGUGGUGGAGGAGUCCUCGCUGCUGGCGGGCCUGGACCUGCCGGUGGUGGCCAGGGAGUUCUCCAGGAAGUUCCAAACCUACACCAUCACGUUGGCCAGCACGGUGUCGAAGGCCCUACCUGCCACAGAGCUUGUCCGCAGCUCCAGAAGUUGCUCCUCCACGGCCUUUGUGACUUUCAACACCGUCCAGAUGCGCGUCAUGGCGGAGCAGGUGCUGCUCUCACACCGCUCAGACUGGAGACUUCGCUCGGCUCCUGAGAGUCGGGACAUUGUUUGGUCCAACGCCUCCACUCCCUGGAAGCUCACGUAUCCCAGAUCCAUCGUCUCACAGUGCCUUUGCUUUGUGGGCGUGCUCUUCUGGUCGGUCCCGGUGAGCACCAUCCAGCUGUGGUCGAACGUGGAGUCUUUGGAGAAACUGUUUCCCCGGCUCUUCCACAUCAGCCUGAGCCCUUGCAAGCUUUGCAGCACCUUCGUGGUGAAGUACUUGCCAGUGGUGACCCUGAUCCUUCUCCUCAGCCUCUUGCCUUACGUCUUCGAAGCCAUGACGAAGAAGUACGAGCGCUACAAGGUCAAGUCCGACAUCCACAGGAUUGUGUUGACCCGCUACUUUGGAUACCUCCUAUGCACCCUCUAUGUGGCCGUCGUUGCCGGCUCGGUGUGGGAUACUUUGGAGACCAUCCUGCGGGAGCCCCCCCGGGCGCUGCAAGAGGUCCGCGAGGCGGUGCCCAGCGUCGCGGUGUACUUCAUUACCUUCGUUCUCGCGCGCGUGGGGAUCACGAUUCCCAUCCUCCUGUUCUAUCCGUGUCUGUUCCAGGAGACCAGCUGCUACUUCGCCACCGAGGCCUCCGAUGCGGCGCUCAUCCUGGUGCUGGGCCUCACGUACUCGGCCAUCGCUCCCCUGAUUCUUCCUGCAUGCGCCGUCUACUUCUGCCUGGCGUCGGUGGUUUAUCGCUGGCUCUUCCUUUACACCUAUGAGCCGGAGUUUGACUGUGCUGGCAGCUUCUGGUAUGACCUCUUCGACUGCUCGAUCUGCGGCUUGUUCUUCAGCAACAUCAUGCUUCUGGCUUUAGCGGGAGGCCAUACCCAGCUGAACUCCUACAGCUUUUACGCCACGGCGAUUCUGCCCAUCACCACGGUGGUCUUCAAGGCCUUCUGCGAGCGCCGCUUCGGGCGGCCCUCGCGCUUCGUGGCGCUGGAGGACGCCGUGGAGGCGGACCUCGCGGCCCAGGAGGCCGCGCAAAGUCACCUUGACUUGCACUACUACGUAGAUCCUGUGCUCAGCAGCAGGAGCAACAGUAGCAGUAGCUCGCUUGGGCGCAGGAAUGCUCGGUGA